GGUCUGAGCAGUGAGCAAAGGAGUCCCGGCGUUACCAUGGGCCAAGAGCAUCAUCAGUUGCUUGUCAACAGAGACAUGAUAGUCUUCACGGCAGUGGUCUGGAGAUGGGAAAUAUCGUUGGGGUUCUGCCGGCUGAUGCUGAGGGUCUGACUGGAUAAAGUUCUGGGAACAAUUCCCAGAAGUGACUCUGUGCCUGAAUGUGAGGAGGAAGACACCAAGACUGACCUGAUUCAACAGGAUAGCCAAACCAUCGUCUUAAAUUGGUCUUUGCAAGGUGCGUAAGUGAAUGCUGCUAGCCCAGCUUCCUGACAGCUCCGGUCACCGGAAGCAGGGCGAGGUAGCUCAGCUCAGCUCAGCUCAGCAUCAGCUCAGCAUCAGCUCAACAGCCUCUGAGCUCGCCCGCGGCACUGGAGGUAGUGCCCACCAUUCCUGUAGAGGGUGCUUUGGAGACGUAGCGGCGGCCAAGCACGCGUGUGCGUCAUCGGACAGGGGGCCGGGCCUCCAGAACCCGGAAGCUGGGGACCCACGUGGGAGUCUGGGAGGCGACUAUCUUAGCUAGGGUGUCAGGUUGUGGGCAAUCUUUGAGCGGGGACUCGGGACAGUUUGUCCUACGUGAGGGCUCGUGGUGUGGGAGGCCAACGGGUCCUCUGCACCCGUCUGUUAGUGGAGUCCCAGGCGCAGCUGGAGCUAUGCGACUGCUCGGGAAGGUCGGGUGCUUUGGUCGCCUGCUUGUCCGUCAUUUCUCCCCGGUGGCGCGGCCUGGCGGGGAGGAGCUGAGCCGCCUGCUUCUGGAUGACCUGGCGCCGACCCAGCGGCUGGAACAUCUGUUCGGCCUGUCCCCGUGCCUCCUGGCCCUGCGUGCCGCCCGCCGGCGCGUGGCCCGGCUCCUGCUCCAGGCCGGAAAGGCUGGGCUGCAGGGGGAGCGGGCCGAGCUGCUCCGGGUGGCCGAGGCGCGGGGCAUCCCUGUCCUGAGGCCCAGGCGGCAGAAACUGGACGCCUUGUGCGGCUACCAGGUGCACCAGGGCGUCUGCAUGGAGGUGAGCCCACUGCGGCCCCGGCCUUGCGAUGAGGCGGCAGAGGCGAGCCCAGGCGACGACCCUCAGCAGCUAUGGCUUGUCCUUGAGGGGCUCCAGGAUCCCCGGAAUCUUGGGGCAGUGCUGCGCUCCGCUCACUUUCUCGGAGUAGACAGAGUCAUCACCAGUCGGAGAAACAGCUGCCCGCUUACUCCAGUAGUCAGCAAGGCCAGCGCUGGGGCUAUGGAGGUGAUGGACGUGUUCUCCACUCCUGACCUGGCCGGUUUUUUGAAGGCCAAGGCCCAGCAGGGCUGGCUUGUGGUGGGCACAGUGGGCUGCCCAGGUCCUGAGAUCUCCCAGUGCUCCAAGGUCCCUGUCACUAGCUGCCUAGAGUUCCUCUGGGACCGGCCUACUCUCCUCUUGCUGGGCAACGAGGGCUCUGGUCUGUCCCAGGAGGUUCUUGCCUGCUGCCAGAUGCUCCUUACUAUUCUGCCCAGGCGUCAGCUGCCUCCCGGUCUUGAGUCUCUGAAUGUGUCUGUGGCCACAGGAAUUCUUCUACACUCCAUUUGCAGCCAGAAGAAGAGUUUCCCUAUACAGACAGAGAAGGGACAACUUCUUCAAGAUACUUGAGAACCCUUAGCUACGUCUGAAGGACUCAGAGAGGCCCAGUACCCAGGACUGCUGCCAUUGUCAGAAAAGCAGGCCAAAUGUGGGCUUCCAUAGACUGUCUGAGAUGAACGUGCGUAGGAACCAGAACAAGUCACACACCGAUCCUCAGGCUUGGGUGUGCUGGGUUCUCUGCCUGGGAGAGCCUGUUUACUGGCUACGGUCAGGAGACGUUUGCGGUGGAGACCAAGGAGGGUUCAUUUCCAGUUGGAAAUGGUAGUUUGCUAAUUUCCAGGAUGGGUUAAGACAGACAGUAUCUGUCCUGGAUCUUGCCCAGGAGCCAAAAGGCUGUUUUAGCACGAGAAAGAAUCAGACAGUCCAGUGCAGGGUGUGUGGAGUGUGAGAGUGAAAGAUGUAGGGGGAAGCUGAGGAGACGGGUGCACAUCCCUACCCCUCCUGAUGAUAAAUGAGAGCGGUACCAUGCAGUGAGCGCCUUACAGCUGAACUGUCCUGCCCGGUCUGUCCACUAGGUGGCAAUCUUGCUCUUUGCUUGCCAAAGCUUGCAGGGAAACCCAUCUCUGUAGACACACACACACACACACACACACACACACACACACACACACACACACACACACACAGACACUGUCCAGCCCAGUGGAAGGAACCUAUGACCCAAAGCCCUUGCCUUUGAGUCUGAGAGGUUGUGAAGUCAAGGUCACUGUUGUGCAACCCCAAUAGGCUUGGUCCCCUCCUCCAGGGUCCCACAGUGGAGCAGAAGUAAUAUUGCUGAACAGUGGUCUCACUCUGGGCUGCACAUUGGAACACCUAAUGAGUGUUAAAGAAACAAGCCCAGUACAGCAGCCACCGUGUGGUGCUGAGAACAUUGGGUACACCCUGGACAGUAGGGGUUUUUUUGAGACAGGGUUUCAUAUACUAUGUACCUAGGGUGUCCCAAAAUUGCCAUUUAGCUGAAGAUUACCUUGAACUUUUGAUCCUCCUGCCCCCACCUCCCCAGUGCAAGAAUUCAAGACAUACCCCACUAUGCCCAAUUUAUAUAUUGUUGGGUAUAGAUGCAGGCUUUGUGCAAGCUAGGUAAGCACUCUACAUCUGAGCUACAUCCCAGCCCUAGGCCUUUGCUGUAGGAACUGUCCUGAGCAUGAUGGGAUGUACCCACCAGACUCCAGGAGCUCUGUGCCCCAUCUCCAGUUAUGAAACCAAAAUUGUCUCCACAAAUGGCCAUAUUAUCUCUGACUGAUAUCCCUGAGUGUGGGAUGGAGGAUAGCAACCCCUGAAUCCUGGUUGCUGGGAGACUUGGGAAAAGUUACCUCCACACUUCCUUUAUAUUCUUGGAGGAUGUAAAGAACAACAGAAACUUGGCACCUGGUAUGUAGUAGGCGCUCAAUAAAUAGUACAACUAUAGUGCCAACCCUCUUAGUUUUUUUUACUUUUGAAACAGGUCCCAGGCUGGUCAUAAAUUCAUCCUAGCCCAGGUAGGCCUUGAACUUGCAAUCCCCCUUUCUCAGGCUUCUGAGCAUCUAGGAUUACUGGCUUAAGCCACCAAUUCACUUCUGUCUUGCUUGUUUUCUUUCAAGAGUAUUUUUAAAUUAUGUGUAUUUUAU